AAUCCUUACAGGUUGAAGUGUCCAGUAAGCAGUUAGUUCAAUGCAAAGAUGACAUGCUAGCUAAUAACAAACUAAUACGACAGCUCCAGGAAGAAAUAGAACUAUACCAGGAGCAGCUUCAAAUUCAUAACUCUGACGAGAAAAGAGAAAGCAUGAAACAUCGAGAUCAACUUGAAGAAAAUGAAACAGCGAAACGGAAACUUGUCGAGAAACUCGAACGAGCCAACGAAGAGAUAUCGUCGCUCAUGGACCGACUGAAUUCACUUCAACACUCGUCGCUCCUUGCCAGUCAGCUUGAGGGAGAAGUGAGUGUUCUUCGUCAGUCUUUGGCAGAGCAGCAGAAGUUGAGACAGGAGCAUCAGCGAGGGAGAGAGGCAAUGGAGAGAGAGAGUGAGAGGUGGAAGGGCGAGAGGAGCGAGAUGAAGAAGAGACUGCAGCAGUGUAACCAGCAGUUGUCUGAGAUGCAGCAGAGAUCAGAGGAAUGGAGGGCAGAGAGAGAGAGACUUCACUCAAAAAUAAAAGAGGUUCAGUUAAGUUUUGAUGAGAAGGUGAGAGAGGUUGAGGGAUUACGAGAGACUCUGAGGACAGUUGAGAAAUCAAGCGACACUGAUAGACUUUCCAUGGAAGCUUCCAUCAAUGAGAUGCAACAAGAACUUAAUAAAAGAUCACAGCAAGUAAUGGAUCUUGAUGCUUUAUUACGGAGACAUCAAGCAGAGACUGCUACAAAGACUCUUCAGCUGGAGCGUAAUUUAGCUCAGAGGCAAGCCGACCUCAGGCAGCAGACACAAGAAAUGGAAGACCUCUCACAGAAAUAUGUCAAAGCAUGCAAAACAAUACAGGAGUUAGAAGAAGAUCUGAGAAGACCUCGUCAUAAAGACACAGGUAUCACAACCAGACUGCAUCAGUUAGAGCAGCAAAGAGAGUCCCUUGAGAUUGAGUUGGAAAACACUAAACAAAGAGAGAACAUCUCAAAAGAGCAAACGAAGCAAGUCCUCCAGCGAAACCAUCAACUCCAAGAGGAGCUCUUGCAGACCAAGCGACAGCUAGAAAGGUCUGGAGGAGCUCGAGAUGGCGAGAUUAAAACCCGUGACGAACUUAUAAGUAAACUAGAGACCCAGAUAAAAGAACUGGAGCUGAGAGAAGGGACUGGACAAGAAGAAGUUGCUAGAUGUAGAGCUCAAGUUGCUUCACUGUCAGCUGAGUUAUCAGUUGAGAGACAAAUGCUAGAAGAGACAAGAGAACAACUUGCUAUCUCUAGAGUUGGAUCAUCAGUAGCUCAGAGCAUGUCAUCUUUACCUUCUUCAACCACGACUCUACCAAUAGCUUCUUCUAUACAUUAUAAUUCACUCACCAACAAGUCAACCUUUACUACCGGAUCUCAAGGAUCAGCUACUCCUCCAAGUGUAGCUUCAAGCACUACCUCUAAAGCUAGCAUUCCUUCAACACACUCUUCAUCUUAUUCUGCUAUAUCUUCAACACUGCCCAUACACUCUGUAACUUCAUCCACAAAAAAGACAAGCAUACUACCCACCACCUCAUCCUUGACUUCUUCUCUACCUUACAGCCAUCAGCAACCGGUUUCCAUUCCUAUUCUCUCAUUUGGUGGUCCUGGUACCAGAUCUGGGGGUUUGGAGUAUGGGCUCAGUGAAGGUGGAAGGGAAUCAAGUUAUGGAAGUAUUGUCAGUGAUGUGGAGUAUCUGGAACUACCUUCAAAGCAAGCAAAGUAAAAUUCAUGUUUGGGUUUUUUGGGGGAAUUAUAUUUUG